GUGAAAAUUUGCUUAGAAGUAAUAUUUUUUUCAGAUUUCACAGCUAAGCAUUAAUAAUAUCUGGAAAAGACCGAAAUAUUAUUAAAGAAUCCAUAAUCUAGAACAAUGAACUUCAGCUUAAUUAGCGGUUUAGACUUGUUUUGGUUGGAUGUACUAAAGCAAUUGGAUCUGAAGUCUCGCAUUAGCUUUGCAGCCAGUUGCGAUGUGUUUGAGAACAUAUACGCCAUGAAUUCUAACCUUCGCCUGAGCCGCGUAGUGGAUUUGGAAGAAAUGCUUGAGUUCUCAUUGGUUGAAACCAGACUAUUUGUGGACCUUUCGGGACCUGAAAUUGAGAUUAUACGCGGAGGCCCACAGACCGCAAUGUUUCCACAUUUCGAGUAUUUCAUGCAACUGAUGUCGAUCAAGCGGAUGAAGGUGAAUGAGAUUGCCCUCGAGGGAUUGCAACUCACGCGAUACAAAUGGUGCACCGCUCCCGGAACUAGCUUCAGCAGCUUGUCCAAUCUUAGCAUGCGUCGUUGUGGGCUCACAGAUGAGAACCUCGAGGGCUUGGAGAUCUUGACUCAACUGGAGACACUGGAUCUGGGGUACAACGAUCAAUUGACUGGAAGCUGUUUGAUGAGUCUUCCAACUUCAUUGUUGUCCCUUAACAUAACCGGCUGCCUGAGUUUGUGCCCGAACCAACUAAUACACCUGAGCUGUAUGCCAAGACUUCGCGAGCUGCGUGCCUCGGACCCGAUGCUCGGUGGGUACUGGAAUGUCUAUCGGGAUCUGGUGCUGGCUUGUCCCUUGCUGGUGGAGGUCGAGGUGUCGAUUUGCUCCGUGAAACGCGAUGAGAAUAGGCUGGGUGGGCUGCGCAAUCUGGAGUCGUUGGCCAUUAAAGCCCACCCCGUAGAGACAACUCAAUGUAUGCUCAGCUGCUCGAUGCUGAAGGGUCUAAUGGGUGUGCCUUUGCUGCGGAAGCUGAUGUUUCCAGAUGCACCGCGUGGCUUUGUUAACGCCAAUGCCCUGGCGAUUCUAUCGAUAUUCAGGCAGCUGCGUGUUCUGAUAAUACACAAUCAACCUUACUGCGCCAAAGACUUCACUAGAUUGAAGAACCUAAAGUCUCUGGAGACGCUGGACCUCAGCAAUUCACCCAAUAUCACUAAUGAAAUUGUCGCCGACCUGGUCGUAGGACUUCCCAACCUUAGAGUGUUAACAGUCCAAGGGUGUCCUCUACUCACAAUUCAUGUAUACGGUGAUCUUGCUGCACAGUUGGCCAGUUUUGAUCGGAGCAUGGUCGAGAUGCAGAUAUAAACUGAGUAUAGAACCCCAAAUGCAUAAU